CCACGACCCAAAGUGUCUACUGCUAUGACACCUGCUCGCCAGGUUUAUUUAUAGGUGUCACAGCUAGGUGAACAAGCAAGCACGAAGGCCGUCGCAAGCUGUCGGAGCGUGUCCGCAGAGAGAAACACCACUGAUUGUUCGAUCUCCCAAUUCAGAGAGACGCUAUCACACAACAUGCAGCAACUCAAAUCUCAAGCUGCUUCCGGGACACGGCGCUCGCCGCGGACUCCCUCGCUGAACGCGCAUGGCUUGCAGCUAUCUUCCUGCCGACGGCCCUCAGUUUCACAGCCCGCCUUUACCAGCGUUCGCCCACGUCAUACAUCUUCAUCGCCUUUACGUCCCAGCCCAGCAGAACGCGCAACCAACUUGCGGUCGCGAAUUGUACCGCAAGGCCUUCCGGACCCGGCUGCUGUGGGCCUGUUCUUCGCGCCCGGCCUUGCAGCCCUGGGCUACGCUUUCAUCCGCGGCAAGGGCAACCUCAAGAACGGGCUCAGCCACCUGCUAACGGAGGUCAGCCAAGGAUACUUCCAGCCGGAUGUGGGCGGCAAGAACAUCCCGGUGGCGCAGGGCGACUUGAGCGACCUAGCGGGUGACCAGCCGCUCUUCAAGGCGCUGUACCAGUGGUUCCUAGACAGUGGUGGUGUGUUCAAGCUGGUGUUCGGCCCCAAGGCCUUCAUCGUGGUGUCGGACCCUGUGGUGGUACGACACAUCCUCAAGGAAAACGUGUUCAACUACGACAAAGGUGUGCUCGCCGAGAUCCUAGAACCCAUCAUGGGCAAGGGCCUCAUCCCCGCCGACCUCGACACCUGGCGGGUGCGCCGGCGCGCCGUGGCGCCCGCCUUCCACCGGCAAUACUACGAGGCAAUGAGCGCCAUGUUUGCUAGGUGUGCGGGGCGUUCCGCGGAGAAGCUGGAGGCGGCGGUGGCGGCGGGUGGGGGUUCCGCGGUUGUGGACAUGGAGGCCGAGUUCCUCAGCCUGGGUCUGGACAUCAUCGGGCUGGGCGUGUUUAACUACGAGUUCGGAUCCAUCACCUCCGAGUCGCCAGUAAUCAAGGCCGUGUACGGUGUGCUGAAGGAGGCUGAGCACCGCUCCACCUUCUACCUGCCCUACUGGAACCUGCCGCUGGCGGAUGUGUUGGUGCCGCGUCAAGCCAAGUUCAAGCGCGACAUGCGGGUGAUCAACGAGUGCCUGGACGGCCUCAUCCGGCUGGCUCAGGAGACCCGGCAGGAGGAGGACGCGGAGGCGCUGCAGGCGCGGGACUACAGCAAGCUCCGCGACCCCUCGCUCCUGCGCUUCCUGGUGGACAUGCGCGGCGAGCAGUUCUCCAACGUGCAGCUGCGGGACGACCUGAUGACCAUGCUCAUCGCGGGGCACGAGACCACCGCCGCGGUGCUGACGUGGACGCUGUUCUGCCUGGCGCAGAACCCGCAGGCGGAGGCGCGCGUGCUGGCGGAGGUGGACGGAGUGGUGGGAGACCGCAUGCCCACCCUGGACGACAUCAAGUCGCUGCCCUACCUGCGCUGUUGCCUGGGAGAGUCGCUGCGCCUCUACCCGCAGCCGCCCAUCCUCAUCCGCCGCGCACUGGGUCCCGACACGCUGCCGGCGGGGCUGCGGGGCGACCCCGAGGGCUACCCCAUCGGCAAGGGGGCGGACAUCUUCAUCUCCGUGUGGAACCUGCACAGGUCGCCCCACCUGUGGAAGGACCCCGACACCUUCCGCCCCGAGCGCUUCUUCGAGCCGCACCACAACCCGGAGUUCGGGGACAAGUGGGCGGGCUACCGCCCGGACUCCCUGAAGGGCGGCUCCGCGCUCUACCCCAACGAGACCGCCGCCGACUUCGCCUUCAUCCCCUUUGGCGGCGGCGCCCGCAAGUGCCUGGGCGACCAGUUCGCGCUGUUUGAGAGCACCGUGGCGCUCGCGACGCUGCUGCGGCGCUUCAACUUCCGACUGGCGGGCAGUGCGGAGGAGGUGGGUAUGGCCACGGGCGCCACCAUCCACACCGCCAACGGCCUCAUGAUGCGCGUCACUCGCCGCACCCCCCCGCCCUCGCCAGCAGCAGCAGGCGCCCAGCAGCAGCAGCAGGGGGCAGGGAAGGUGGCGGCGGCGGUGUAGUGCCGGCUGUUGGUGUCUGGGUUGUGGGAGCGCUUCGAUAUGCGAGCCCGCAUGCUGAUUGCGCCGUGCCGUCCUCUUGAGGGGCUUGCUUGUCUGGGUUUCCUCCUAAGGGGCUUCUGUGCUUGUGUUAAGCGGCAGGGGGUGAGAGGGGAAAGGCGUGUACUUGGUUGUGAUCGGGUCUUGGCUUGAGAGAGGUGGGGACACAUGCUCCCAUGCUGGGUGGUUACCAACCGGUUGUAUGUCGGUGAAUCUGGACAUGUUAUCUUUUUACAGUACAUGUAUGGUACAAUUUUUGAAGGUUAAAUGGGCUCCUAUGGUACGGCAAGAGAAGAAAACAUGUAAGCAAGGAUGCAAGGGUCGCGGAAGUGCCCUUUCCAAGGGUGACUCAUAAAAUGAGUUUGGUGGUGUUGGUGCUACUUGUUCUGC